CUCGUGGAGAUUGACAGGCUGGCGCGCGGUCUUUGAAGGGCCCGUUCGCAUGACUUAUAUAGGGAGCCAUACCCCUCCCAGUCGUCUCCAAAAUGGCCUCCAUGGUGCAUAUUCGAACUACUGCCACGGCGUUUAAAUCAUCCUUCAAACACACAUUCUUCAUCCCUACUAGAACCCCUUCUAUACAUCCACGUCGUGCAUUCACAGUCUCUUGGAAACAAGCCAUGUUGUCGACUGAGUUGACAGAAGCCCAAGUGUCGGCCCUCAGAGCCAACAAAGAGCGUUUGGCCCAGGACCUUCAUCACAGCUGCCAAUGGGGCUAUGGAAUCCGGUGGGCAGAGUAGGUGCACUUCUUUUAUAUGGGACAUCUCUACUAUGGCAAUUGGUUAUACCCACGACAAACCACUAGUUAACACAUCACUCGGGGGUCCCACCGACACGGGCAUGCAGCGUCUGGCCCUGUCGCAGGAGGAUAAGCAAGUACGAGAUUGGUUUAUUGAGACAACAAAGGCUUUGGCAUGCAGCAUUACAGUAGACGCCAUGGGGAAUAUCUUUGCGGUCCGUCCUGGACGUCGAACCGAUGUCCCCGCAACAUUUAUCGGUAGCCAUUUAGAUGCCCAACCAAGAGGUGGUCGUUAUGACGGCAUCCUAGGUGUUCUUUCAGGUAUUGAGUUCCUCAAGACUUUGGAAGAGAUGGGGUUGGAGACAGAGGGCGGCGUAGGGCUUGUGAACUGGACAAAUGAAGAAGGUGCCCGAUUCCCAAUCAGCAUGGUCUCCUCCGGAGUAUGGGCGGAAUGUAUUCCUCUUGAAAAAGCGCAUGCCCUUAAGGAGGUUCCCACUGUUGUCUCUCUUCCCACCGCUGCUUCUGCCCCCGAGUCUAUGAAAACAGCCCUCGAGAAGAUCGGUUACCUCGGAGGUGUACCUUGUUCUUACAAGGAAACUCCAAUGGCAGCCUACUUCGAGUUACACAUUCAACAAGGUCCUCACCUCAUCACGGCAGGCCAGCAAAUUGGUGUCGUGACAGCUGUCCAGGCAUACCGCUGGUAUCGUCUCAACAUUUUCGGAAGAGACACCCACACCGGCACCACUGCUUUCGAACAUCGCGCAGAUGCCCUUUACGCUUUCGCCCGUAUGAUGGUCCGUGCUCGAGAAGUUGCCUCCUCCCAUGGCUGCUGUCUCGCCAGUGUGGGUACCAUCGAAGCGAAACCAGGCAGUGUAAACACCGUCCCAGGUACCGUUAGCUUCAGUCUCGAUAUCCGUGGCCCAAAGACCGCACUAGUCACCCAGGUCGAGGCCGAAUUGCGCAAAGAUUUCGACUCGCCAGCAGUGAACUUUCACUCUGACUGCAUUGAGUGUGUACAGCUGUCUGCAGAGGCUGUUGCCACGGACGCUGGUGUUGCGAACCCCAAAUCUCUCGUGCGUACCAUCAUGAGCGGUGCAGGCCACGACAGUGUCUUCACAUCUAAGAGAGUCCCCACGAGCAUGAUCUUCGUGCCGUGCAAGGAUGGCCUGAGCCAUCACCCUGAAGAAUUUUGCUCCGCGGAUGAUUGUGCCCGAGGGACAUCUGUCAUUCUGCAGGCAGUUAUUCGAUAUGACCGUAAGCGUUUUUCUGCAUGAAAUUAGUAUUCACUUAUAGUAUACAAUACCAUCU